AUGAUAGCGGCGUACAAUGGAAGAUAUAAAGCUGUACAGUUUCUGAUUAAGAUCGGAAGUGAUAUUAAUCAUUUAAACAAUAGUAAAAAUAAUGCUUUAAUAUUAGCGUCAGAAAAAGGCUAUGAUAAGAUUAUGGAUCUGCUAAUAACACAUUAUUCAAGUUUAAAUCAAAUAAAUCAAAAUGGACUUAGUGCACUCAUGUCUGCAUCCCUUAAUGGACAUACUAAAGCAAUAUACAUUCUUUUGAAUAGAAAAGCAGAUGUUAAUCUAACCAACAAACAUAAUAAGAAUGCAUUAAUUUUUGCAUCUCAAAAUGGAAAUUACAAAUGUGUAGAGAUACUUUUGAAAUAUAAGGCGGAUGUACGUCAAACAGAUAAUAACGGAAGAAAUUCUCUAAUGAUUGCAUCACACAAUGGGCAUGAUAAAGUGGUUGAUAUUCUACUUAAGCAUGGAGCAGACGUAAACUAUAUCAAUCAAGAUGAAAAUAAUGCAUUAAUAUGUGCAAGCUUUAAUGUGCAUACUAAAAUAGCAAAUAUGCUUAUUAAAAAAGGAGCAGAUGUAAAUCAUGUAGAUUCAUAUGGUGAUGAUGCAUUAAUUAUGGCCUCUCAAAACGGACAUGAUAAAUGUGUAGAAAUUCUUUUGAAGAAUGAGGCGGAAGUACAUAAAACAAAUAAAAAUGGAAGAAAUGCCUUAAUGUGUGCAUCACUUAAUGGACAUGAGAAAGUGGUGGAUAUUUUACUUAGAAAUGGAGCUACAGUAAAUGAUGUAGAUUCAUAUGGUAAUGAUUCAUUAAUGUUAGCAGCUGGAAAAGGAAAUUAUAAAUGUGUAGACAUACUUUUGAAGUAUGAGGCGAAUGGACAUAAAACAAAUAAAGAUAGAAGAAAUGCCUUAAUGCGUGCCUCACUUAAUGGACAUGAAAAUGUGGCUGAUGUUUUGCUUAAGCAUGGAGCAGACGUAAAAUAUAUCAAUCAAGAUAAAUAUAAUGCAUUAAAAUGUGAAAGCUAUAAUGGGCAUACUACAAUAGUAGAUAUGCUCAUUAAAAAGAGAGCAGAUGUAAAUCAUGUAGAUUCAGGUGGUAAUAAUGCAUUAUUGAUGGCCUCUCAAAACGGACAUGAUAAAUGUGUAGAGAUUCUUUUGAAGAAUGAGGCGGAUGUAAAUAAAACAAAUAAAAAUGGAAGAACUGCCUUAAUGUGGGCAUCACUUAAUGGACAUGAAAAUGUGGUUGAUGUUUUGCUUGAGCAUGGAGCAGACGUAAACUAUGUCAACCAAGAAGGACAUAAUGCAUUAAUGUUUGCAAGUUUUAAAUGGCAUACUAAAAUAGUAGAUAUGCUCAUUAAAAAGGGAACAGAUGUAAAUUAUGUAGAUUCAUAUGGUGAUGAUGCAUUAAUGAUGGCCUCUCACAACGGACAUGAUAAAUGUGUAGAGAUGCUUUUGAAGAAUGAGGCGGAAGUACAUAAAACAUAUAAAAAUGGAAGAACUGCCUUAAUGUGGGCAUCACUUAAUGGACAUGAGAAAGUGGUGGAUAUUUUACUUAGAAAUGGAGCUACAGUAAAUGAUGUAGAUUCAUAUGGUAAUGAUUCAUUAAUGUUAGCAGCUGGAAAAGGAAAUUAUAAAUGUGUAGACAUACUUUUGAAGUAUGAGGCGAAUGGACAUAAAACAAAUAAAGAUAGAAGAAAUGCCUUAAUGUGUGCAUCAAUUAAUGGACAUGAGAAAGUGGUGGAUAUUUUACUUAGAAAUGGAGAUACAGUAAAUCAUGUGGAUAAAAAUGGUAAUGAUUCAUUAAUGUUAGCAGCUGGAAAAGGACAUUAUAAAUGUGUAAACAUACUUUUGAAGUAUGAGGCGAAUGGACAUAAAACAAAUAAAGAUGGAAGAAAUGCCUUAAUGCGUGCCUCACUUAAUGGACAUGAAAAUGUGGUUGAUGUUUUGCUUAGAAAUGGAGCUACAGUAAAUGAUGUGGAUACAGAUGGUAUUGAUGCAUUAAUGUUAGCAGCAGGAAAAAAUUAUUAUAAAUGUGUAGACAUACUUUUAAAGUAUGAGGCGAAUGUAAAUAAAACAAAUAAAGAUGGAAGAAAUGCCUUAAUGCAUGCCUCACUUAAUGGAUAUGAAAAUGUGGUUGAUGUUUUGCUUAAGCAUGGAUCAGACGUAAACUAUGUCAACCAAGAAGGACAUAAUGCAUUAAUGUUUGCAAGCUUUAAUGGGCAUACUAAAAUAGUUGAUAUGCUCAUUAAAAAGAGAGCAGAUGUAAAUCAUGUAGAUUCAUAUGGUUUUGCUGCAUUAAUGAUAGCCUCUCAAAACGGACAUGAUAAAUGUGUAGAGAUGCUUUUGAAGAAUGAGGCGGAAGUACAUAAAACAAAUAAAAAUGGAAGUAAUGCCUUAAUGUAUGCAUCACUUAAUGGGCAUGAGAAAGUGGUGGAUAUUUUACUUCGAAAUGGAGCUACAGUAAAUGAUGUAGAUUCAUAUGGUAAUGAUUCAUUAAUGUUAGCAGCUGGAAAAGGAAAUUAUAAAUGUGUAGACAUACUUUUGAAGUAUGAGGCGAAUGGACAUAAAACAAAUAAAGCUGGAAGAAAUGCCUUAAUGUGUGCAUCACUUAAUGGACAUGAGAAAGUGGUGGAUAUUUUACUUAGAAAUGGAGCUACAGUAAAUGAUGUGGAUACAGAUGCUGGAAGAAAUGCCUUAAUGCAUGCCUCACUUAAUGGAUAUGAAAAUGUGGUUGAUGUUUUGCUUAAGCAUGGAUCAGACGUAAACUAUGUCAACCAAGAAGGACAUAAUGCAUUAAUGUUUGCAAGCUUUAAUGGGCAUACUAAAAUAGUUGAUAUGCUCAUUAAAAAGAGAGCAGAUGUAAAUCAUGUAGAUUCAUAUGGUGAUGAUGCAUUAAUGAUGGCCUCUCAAAACGGACAUGAUAAAUGUGUAGCGAUGCUUUUGAAGAAUGAGGCGGAAGUACAUAAAACAAAUAAAAAUGGAAGAACUGCCUUAAUGUGUGCAUUAUUUAAUGGACAUGAGAAAGUGGUGGAUAUUUUACUUAGAAAUGGAGCUACAGUAAAUGAUGUGGAUACAGAUGGUAAUGAUGCAUUAAUGUUAGCAGCCACAAGAGGUCACCUAAAAUUUAUCGAGUUUUUAAUAAAAACUCAAGCAGAUAGAAUUUUAUUACCUCAAAACAUGCCGAAUGCAUUCACAGCCUCCAUGUUGCAUGGCGUAACUGUUUCAGAUGUGUAUCUAUUUAACAUUGUUUUGACUUUGAUUGGAAACAAUUUUAGAAUUGUAGAAACAAUUUUAUCUUUAGCUCAUGAGAAAUACAUUACAACAAGAACAAAAAUGCUUCUCCGUUUUAUUAGUAAAUCAACAGAUGAAGCAUUGAGCGAAUUUAGAGAAAAUGGUACUGCUGCAGAAUUGUUUGAGGAGAACUUCUGUGAAAAUUCCGACGCUGAUAUCCACAAUUUUAUAAACCAUCACCAUUCUCUCCUGACAAAACGUUUGCCCAAAAACGAGUUUCUAGCUCUUAAGUGGGCGAUGACAGAGAAGUUCCAUGACUAUAUCGUCGGCUCACACAUCAAGGUGGUCACAGACAAUGAUCACCUGUGCUACAUUCUUCGGAAUGCCAAACUGGAUGCUACAAGUCAUCGCUGGCUGGCGUCUCUGUCGAUCUAUGACUUUGACCUGCAGUACAAAAAAGGGUCUACUCACGUAGAUGCCGAUUUAUUGUCCAGACGACACCAGGACGAGCCGGCAGAGGAGGAUGAGCAAUUUCAAGUUUUGCUCGAAGACACAAAAUUUUUGAGGGAAAAGUUUGAGUUGCAAGCUGCCGAGUCGAUUCACAUCGACACACACCUAGUAUCAGCCAUAAUUGCAGCCAAGGGUGGCGAGAGCCAGUCGAAUUUCUCAACGGAUAUGAGAACUAACGGGGAAGGUAUCACAUACAUACCGACUGUCGAACAGGUGGUAAAGGAUCCGUCAUCCAUCAGGGAGGAUAUCUUAGAACAGUCGGGACUGAUCAUGUACAUGAUAAGAUCUAUUUCAUACCCAUCUGGAUGA